AUGGAGAAAGUUGGAUAUUGUACGUGGGCUGCGGCUGAGUCGAAGCGAAAAUGUGAGUUGAGUUCUCAUGUUCUUGCACCGGCUGCCACUGCGGCUUCACACGGCGAUUCAUGGGAAGAACAAGCUUUUGCAGAAGAUGCAUCUGGACUUCUUGGAGGGUGUAUAUGGCCUCCCAGAUCUUAUAAUUGCAGGUUUUGUAGAAGAGAGUUCAGGUCAGCUCAAGCCCUAGGUGGUCACAUGAAUGUCCACAGAAGGGAUAGAGCUAGACUAAGGCAGUCCCCAGUUCCACAAACUUAUGAACUAGCUCUAAAUCCUUGCCAAUCUUUUGAAGUUCAUGAAUAUCCAUCUCAAUCUGAUCAGAUUUAUACCUUCGUUUACAACCCAGCCAAUUCUGAUCCUGAUCCUAAUAGGGUUUCAGAUCAAAACCAGAAAGUGAGUUCUAAAAAAAGGGUUUCUUCCCAUGGUUCAUUUUUGCCAAUAAUUCAAGAACACCACCACAAGAACAUGGUGUCACUAUCCCCUCCUUCCUCGUCCAGGAAGAAACCAAAGAUCUCAGAAUCCAGUAAUAGGGCUAAAGAAGAUUAUCAGGCCUUGGAUUUGUCUGAGAGCUUGAAUCCAACUCGAACAAAUGCAUCCAGCGAUGAAGAAGUUGCAAGUUGCAAAAGAAGGAAAGUAGACGCAAAUCCAUUGAUUUUCUUCCAAAAACUGAGUCCAAUACUUGAUAGAUGUCAUCCCCAAUCAGAGAUGCAUAAACUGUGUUCUAGCUCUACGGAGGAAUUGGAUCUGGAGCUACGGCUUGGUGUGAAGUAA